CAUGCUGUCUGGACUGCUCAUCUCGGCUCAUGACGAAGAUGACGGUCGCGGACCACAGUCUCUCAUAGACAUUGCCGAUAUAUCUACGAUGGCGUUAUUCCAUGCCAUGGUCCAAGCUUCGCGGACUAGCCCGACCCCACUGGUGAUCGGCGAUGACCAACUUUGUAGAAUGAAAGGCAUGUCGCAAAGCCCCGACUAUAACUGCAACGGAAUUCCGAAAGCAAGGUUCCUCAUCGACUCAGGGCGAUACGACGAAGAUCAUGGAGAAGGCGCGAUGCAGGAGAUGGUCAACAAGAUUCGCGAAGAGAGACGGCGGGCGGCCCAGGACCGUGGCGCGUCAUAG